AUGGGUGAAACACGCAUCAUAACACGCAUCAUGAAGGAGUUGAAGGACGUGGAGAAGAGCCCUCCCCCAUUCUGCAGCGCCGGUAUGGCUGGCAGCAACAUUAGGCGGUGGCAAGCAACGAUUAUAGGGCCGCCGAAGACCCCAUAUGAAGGAGGCGUGUUCAAUUUGUCCAUCGCCUUCCCACCGGGGUACCCUAUUAAGCCGCCGGUAGUUACCUUCAACACCAAAAUAUACCACCCGAACAUCGACAGAAACGGCAACAUCUGCCUCAACAUUCUCAAAGACAACUGGACCCCUGCCUACACUGUGUCUGCUGUCUUGGUCUCCGUGUGCUCCUUGCUCUCUUCCCCCAACCCGGAUGAUCCGCUCGAGCCUGCAAUUGCUGCCGUCUUCAAGAAAAACGAAGGGGAGUACCAGAUUCAAGCCCGUGAAUGGACCCAAAAGUUUGCCAUGAUGUGA